AUGUCAUCACCCUCUGGAGAUGUUCCCGGCUCAGAUACGACGCCGUCACUUCCGGGCUGGGUCUACGUUACAGCACGCCCAGGAUACGUGUUCACUUCAUCGCAAACGCCUCAAGUCGAGACUGUAACAGUCAAAGCUGCAUGGACCGGAGCGACCAAGAUUCUGACCAUGACGUCAAGUCUGCAGCUGACUUCAGAAGUGGUUCCGACUGCACAAUUCAUCACACCAAUCGCGGCAGCGGCCAAGUCGACGAACGAUGAUCGUAUCCUGUCCCCCGGCGCGAUAGCAGGCCUUGUCAUCGGUUCCGCUCUGGGAGGCGUCGUUGUGUUCUGUUUGGCGUGGCGAUGGUUCGUUUGUUUGACAAGGCGGCGACGACAAAGGGGGCACGGAGAGCCAGGGGCCCGGCACACAUUUGACCCCUGGCUGCUGCUGCUCAGGGGCUCUGGCAAGAGGCCCAAUGAGGGCCCCAUUUUCGGCGAAGCCAAGGUGCAUGCAGGCUCAGUUCCCCAGAAUCCAGCCACAGAUGACAAGUUGGUUGUUGCGGAGGGGAGAACAGGAGAAGGAGGCCAGAGGCUGUCGUCAAUGCCGAGGCAAGGGAAUGUUAUACCACGCUGUACGCCAGGUCAGCUCCGACCUCAGUCGCAGUACCGGGAAGAAACCAGGCUCACAAUAUCAUCGCCAUCACUAUCACAUCCAUCAACAAUGGAAUCACAGUGUGGUAGUGACGCAAAUCCAGUCAGCCCCAUGCGUCCAAGAAACACCGAUUCAAUAGCAGACAGUUUUAUUCCCAGCAACAGAAAUACCAACGGCAGCCUGAACGGGAAAGCCACAGCCCGUCAAACCCACCACAUGCACUCGCCGCCCGAGUCACUCGAGCUGGACGGCAGUGAGAUAUUCAUGAUAGCCGAGAACACAAACACCGAAGUGUACAACUCUGUCACAAGGGCAACGGGGCUAAGUCCACCACCUCUUUUGCGAGUAUCUCCACCAGUGGAUGAUUUCAGACGGCCCCAGCCGACCUUCACAUCGUGGGGAGCCGAGCAUAUCGAGUCGGCGGCGGCAAACCACCGAAACCACAGCCCCUGGAGAGCAGCGCAUUUCUCCUCGCAACAUGAAGGCAGCCGAGAACAGCAAGAUUCGCCAUCUCCGAUGAACACUCCCGACGACCAACGCGUAGAUUCGCCAGGACACCGUGCCACGCUUCGGGCUACACCGAGGGAGGUUAAGAAUGGUGUUCACGCGGGAAGCUGGUCUGACUUGGGUCUGGUCGACUGA